GACCAGGAGCCGAUGCCGAACGGAGAAGCCAUGAGUCCGGAUGUACAGGACUCCAAAAGUUCAUUGGGAGAUGAGGAGAACCAAGGAGUGGUACCAUCAGCACCACCGCUGCCCCAAGAAGCUCCACCAUCCGGGCCUUCUCCGUGUCCUAGGCCGAAGUUAGUGUUCCACACCCAACUGGCUCACGGAAGUUCAACGGGCCGCAUUCAUGGGUUCACCAACGUAAGGGAACUCUACGCCAAGAUCGCACAGGUCUUCAACAUCUCAGCUUCUGAGAUCCUUUUCUGCACACUGAAUUCCCACAAAGUGGACAUGCAGAAACUUCUAGGAGGUCAGAUCGGACUGGAGGACUUUAUCUUCGCCCAUGUGAGGGGAGAGACCAAAGAGGUGGAAGUCAUUAAAACCGAAGAUGCCCUCGGUCUGACCAUCACAGAUAAUGGAGCAGGAUAUGCCUUCAUUAAAAGGAUAAAGGAAGGCAGCACCAUUGACCGAAUAAAAACAGUAUGUGUUGGAGAUCACAUUGAGGCUGUUAAUGACCAGAGCAUUGUGGGAUGUCGACAUUAUGAAGUAGCUAAGAUGCUGAAGGAGCAGCCGAGAGGAACACCCUUCACCCUGCGCCUGGUGGAACCCAAGAAAGCGUUCGACAUGAUUGGCCAGAGAACGCGAGCACCCAAGUCCAGCGAGGGCAAAAUGGUCAGUGGGAAAGAGACUCUUCGUCUGCAUUCCAAAGGAGCAGCGACGGUCCAGGAAAUGCCCAGUGAGUUUGAAGACAAGGCCAUCAGGAAGGUUGACGACCUUUUAGAAAGCUACAUGGGGAUCCGGGACCAAGAGCUUGCGACCACUAUAGUUGAAGCUGGGAAGGACAAGAAGAACCCGGAUGAUUUCGCAGAGGCGCUUGACUCAGUAUUGGGAGACUUUGGCUUUCCUGAUGUCUUUCUGUUUGAAGUUUGGGGCGCUCUCGGAGAUGUCAAGAAUGAAAGAAUUUAGAGGUCAGAGCAUGUCAGACAUCUGAGAGUUGCGGUGGAUUUGUAAAGUCUGUCAUGUGAUUUCAGAUACAAUCCUCCCGAUUCUUGUGUUGAUCCAGAGAAGUGGAGAAUCUCAAGGUGUUACAGGCGAAAUGGCGGACUAAAUCAAACAUUCCAGUGUGUAGAGAAAUAAGAAGUACGAUGAACCUCAUUUCCCAUCAGUAUGUAUAGCUAACUAAGGAUAUAAACCAAUUAUCUAAAUGCUUUCCACAUUACAGGGAUAGUUCACACAAAAGAAUUAACACUCCAUUUAUUCACACAUGUUAGUCUAAAACCGUAUUACUUACUUUCUUACGUGGAACACAAGAAAUAAUAUUUUGAAGUACAUAACUCAUCUUGCAUUUAUUUGUCUUUUUUGCUUUAAAACUAGUUUCUUUGUGUCAUCUAUAACUAUACAUCAUGUUACAAGGGAAAUGAAUGAUCUUUUAAUGGUAGUUCUUGUGUAAAUAAUUAAAUUCUAUGACAACAUUAAAUCAGUUAUAUGUAUGUUGAAUAUAAUAACCAUGGGUGUUUACUUAACUCUCAAAUCUACUAAAAGUAGAAGAAUAAUAGUUUUUGUGUAUUAUAUAUUAUGUUUUACAAUGUAUGUACCCUUUUAAAUGAUCUGAUGUGACAUAUUUGAAUAUAUAUGAAGAUUAAAAACGAUCUAGCAUACCAAACAUCUUGUUUCCAAUUACAUUUUUACAUUUCCAAAUUUAAUAAAUCAAAACAUGUACUUAACAUACUUACUUGUAAACCAGCUUAGGCUGGUUUAAGCUGUUUGUUUGUUUUGUCAACAGGAAAGUCUUUCUAAAACUACACAAAAUGUGGUUAUUUCACCAGGCAACUUUAUUUGAAGUUGGUGAUACGUUAGCAAGCAUGCUAAUGCUAAGUGUAAUGGGGUGUGGCCUACACACUGACAGUGAUUUUAAUGCUGGAUGGUUGCCGAGUUGUGGUCCAUAGCAUUAGAAAAUCUGAUCAUAAAUGAUAUAUAUUCAUUGUUGGGGAGUAGUUAAGUAAAAGUAGUGGUGCUACUAACUUAACCACAUUUUAGCAGCGUGAAAGUAGCUUAGCUAUUUUCACAAUAGUGUAGCCUUUCCAGUGACAAGCUAAUUUCCAAUGAAUAGCGCUGUAGCGUCACAAAACUGUCUGGUUCCGAAAGUAAAAAUCACAUACAUUUUUUCCAUAGACGAAUUGAUUUUCAACAAUAACUUAUAAACCUUUUAAGACUGACCUACCUUGAGCUCCAAGGUUGUUCAUCGAUGGUAUAUGCUUCCGGCGAAAGCCAUCAGUCUGCGUUAUUUCAACUUUAUUGUUUAAAAAUUGUGUUUGUUAGCGGAAUUCAUGGUGAACAUCUGCAUUACCCAUGGUCCCACAGAGAAAGGGUCAGUCCACUGGCAGCCAUCUUUGGAACGCUCUCGGGCAGCUGUUUUCCUAUGUAAACAAGCGCCAUGCAAGAGCAGCUCCUAUCUACUUGAAUGGGGAAAGACCGAAAUCUCCAAAACGGUUUGUCAAAAUUAUGAUCAAAGAACACAUUUCAAAUCGGCAGUAAAAUCUGACAACACUGGAAUCAUAAAAUGUGCUUCUUUACCUCGUAUUACACUAAAAAAGUGCAAUUUUCCUGGCUUGUAUAGCUAAUGCGCACAUGCGUCCUCGAGUUGAUUGACAGUUGAUGUCUGUAUCUAAAAGGCGAUUGGCUCUUUUACCUGUAAGGCAGGACUUCCUUUCUAGAUCUGUUGACCACUGGGCGUUUCAAUUUCAAUUCACUUAAUAGAAGUGGCCCGUCUCUGCUAAACAGUCUCUUGACUAUAUAGAGCGCAACAGUGCCCGCCCACUUUUUCAGCCGUCUGGGUUCCGGAAGUAUUUUCCCCAUUCAUUUCUUCCAUAGACUUUUAAUAAAAUCCUUCAUAAAGAGUUGUGAGCCAUGAAUCAAACCAAACAGCUCCGAGGAGAAUCACAACAUCACAAACUUUGUUUUGAGGCAAAAAAGUAUUUGAAAAUAGGACAUAAAGACAAAGGUACAAGACUGUGUACUUACCGUCUUUCAUGAGGGCACGGACUACAAUCCCAUGAAGCAUUGCGAAUGAUGUCAUUGAAUAAAAAACGAUGGGAAUAUAUAAAACUAUUGAUUUUAGGUUGUUGAUUAUAAGUAUAGAAACAAUAUAUUUGUUUGUUUCAAAAUAUCCUGAUAUGUACAAAUAUAUAUGUAAUUUGAGAGUGAAGGGAGAUCGACUCGAUUACAUCAUUCACAGUGCGUCAUGGGAGUGGGCGAUCGCUCUGAGGCACGUUUCACAGGUUUCGUUGGCUGUUGUUCUCUAAUUGGUAUAUCUUUCUCUGCAGGACCAUGGGUAAUGUACCAUGAAGUCCACUAUAAAACACUAUUUUUUAAACAAUGAAGUUGAAAUAAUGCAGCCGGAUGGCUUCAGCGGAAGCAUAUACUAUCGAUGAACAACCUCGUAGCUCACGGUAGGUCUGUCUUUAAAGGUUUAUAAGUUAUCAUUGAAAAUCAAUUAGUCUAUGGGAUAAAUGAAUGCGAAUUUUUACUUCCGGAACCUGACUGUUGCGCUGUAUAAUGAAACGUGCUCGCCUAAAACCGUCCUCUCUGUCUAUCAUGUAGCACUGGGAAAACCAUAUCAUUUAAGUGAAUUGGUUCCAUCGGACAGUUCAUGUAAAUGAACCUGUUAAAAUAAUCGAUUCCCUUACAAAUAGCGUUGAGAGCUUUGAAUUAUUUUAGUGAGUUGGUUCUGUCGGACGGUUCCUGUAAACGAACUAGUUCACGUAAAUGAUUCACUGAUUCACUUGCCUUCUUUUUUUUUUUAGCCAAAUAUUUCGCUAAUUGCUGUUGUUUAUUGCUAUAUUUCGAUUCAUUUAUAUAAAAUAGAGUGUUUUCUAGUUUUAUUAGUGUAUAUUAAGUGUAAAUUUGUUUAAUUUAAUGUUGUAAGCCUAGAUGUUUAACCCUUACGAAAAUAAACCAUGGUUCUACUAUAGUAAUAUUGUAGUAACCGUGACUGUAGUAACCAUGUUUUUUGGCAUAAAACAUUGUUUUAAAACAAUUAAUCAUGGUUUUGCUACAGUAAUACAGUAGUAUCCAUACAGGAACCAUGGUUUCACUAUAGCAACAUUUCGGUAACCAUGGCUGUAGUAACCAUGGUUAAUUUUGUGAUUACUAUGGUUACAAAUGGUAAAUCACUGGUUACUUUACAGCUUCAAAGUAGAUUCCUAAACACUGGAUAUAAUGCUGGUACAAAUAACCUGCAAUUUUAAUUUGACAAAUAUAUUGGGGUCUAAGCAUAUAUGGAGAGAGGACCAAAAUAAUCAGAUUUGACAGAAAAGAUCCUGUGGAUGCCAUCGACAUAGUUGUUUUGGUGUUGGUUAGGGUUAGAUAAGCCUUAGGUAACUCUAACGCUAACUUUAACCCUGACCCUUAAGGCCUCAGUAUACUUCGGUUGUCCGUGUUGCUGAUGGUCUGACUGCGCCCCACCCAGUUUUUAUUGACCCGCUGAUGCGGUUGUCGUUUGUGUGCAUCAUGGUUGCAUGCGCCGGCCAUUGACUGUCCCAAAACUGUCCCAUUUGCUUGCAAUCAGAAAAGUAUACUUUGAAAGGCAAUGCGGUCGGCCUGGCGCGAUCCAAUCCAGAAUGCAGAAAAAUUAGCCAGGGCUUCAACUCAGACCCUGACCCUAACCCUAACUCUAACCCUAACUGCCUGUUAUAGUGCCCCCUAGCAUCACAAAUUGAUGAAAUUUAGCCAGUGACCUGCAGAAUAUUCUCUUGUACAUGUGUUUUAAGUUUUGUUCAGUUUGAAUAUUGCGCUUACAAGAAACAGGUCAAUUAGUCAAUAUAAGCCACACCCAAAAAUGUAUUGGCUUAUAUCUUUAGAACGACAAAAUUAAUAAAAAUUAUUUUGUUAACUUUAUGUCUGGAGGGUCUGUAGAUGCUGUAUACCAAAUUGUAU